AUGGACUCAGAAUCAAUUAGUAGCGAAGUAAGCAAGCCGAAACCUCCAUCAAUUCACAAGACACUGACUUCACUGUUAGCAAUCAAAACGAAUCGAACAUGUGCUGAUUGUCGGGUGGCGUUGGUGGAUCCGCUUCAAGUCCAUGCGUCCUUUUGUCCGGGUCAAGAUGAAAUUCGGAGGAAUCCCAAAGUCGGCAUGGCCCUUCACGACUUUAGCAUUACGCAUCAAAAUUUUGCUCCACCAGCCAUGAAGAAAGGUCUCACUCAAUUACCAAUGGAUCCUUCGAUGUAUGUCAAUCAAAAAUUUGGAGGACAUGGGGUAUUUUUGUGCUCUCGGUGUGCUGAAGCCCACCAGUGUUUGGGAACGGCAAUUACCCGAGUGGUAUCCGUGUUGGGCGAUGAUGGCAUUCAUUGGACGCAGGCACGAGUAGACUUCAUGGAGCAGUGCGGAGGUAAUGAACGGUCGUGGGAAGUUUAUGAGGCUUACAUACCCGAACGAUGGAAAGAACGAAUGCUCAAACCAUCCAGUACCCCAACAGAACGAGUAUUCUUUGUUCGAGCUAAAUAUGAAGCUCUUGCUUUCGCAUUGCCUCCACCGGGUCGGUUAGCGGAAUCUGCUUGGUUGUCCAUCUUGGAACGAAACGAAGUCGCUAGGCGGUUUGUGUCUCCUGAGUUGAAAAAUAUCCACAGUCUUACUCCAUCUUCUCCGCCACCUGUCAAACCGAAUCAACAAACGAAUGCGGCAAAGGACAAUGUUGGCGCGUUGAGGGAGCCAAACGCAUUGCCUAAUCGGCUGAUAGACUUCUUUUGUGUGGUGGAGUGCUCCAUGAAAAUUCAUCCCAACGAUGCCAAAAAAGAUCUUUCCCAGCUAUAUUCUCCAGAGGAACUAUCGUUUUGGCCAGAAAUUUGUGAUUGUUACCCGCCACAGGAUACACACAAACAAGACACCGCGUUUCCAGUCCAUCUACCGAGCUUUGUUCUUCCAGAAGGAUGCAAACCGAGUUUAAGGCAAAGGACUCCUUCUUUCUUUACCUUUGUGUUGACCACAGGAGAAGGAGAUCGGUUGUACGGAGGCUGUCUGCAAAUCUAUGACGAAAUGAAGGGGAUCGAAAAGGUCCGGAACGGCAUAAUAGGGUCUGGUUACGAAGGAAAGCUGCCCCAUUUCCUAGAAGAAAAUAGCGAUGAUGCGCCCGAUUUCCUGUUCUUUUCCAAAUCUUUGGUGUUGCUAUCCCAUUACCCAUUCUUCGACCUAUUUCGAUCAUCAUUGAAACAGCUGAACAUGCUGACUCUCCUUCAAUCACCAAUGCCUAUCGAACGAUAUAUUGUCAACCUAUGCCAGGAAGUGCCACUGCCACCACAAGGGAAAAUAAAAGUUCAAUUCUGUUUGACGCCCGGAAAGAUUAUUCCUAUUGAGAGACCGCCCUGUAACAAGCUACCACUUGUUAAUUUUUCAUAUCGACCAUUGUUCUCAACACUCAGUGUGAGUAAUAUCAUGGUGGUUUUGGGCUGUCUCAUGGAAGAAUGCAAGGUUGUGUUGCUUUCGCAGUACUACAGUAUACUGUGUCCAGUGGCAGAGGCCUUGUUGAGUGCACUGUUCCCACUGGAGUGGCAAGGAAUAUAUAUCCCAUUAAUGCCGUAUGCAAUGCUAGAUCUAUUAGAUGCCCCAGUUCCUUUCUUGGUUGGCAUGAGCUCCAGGUAUCUGACGGAGAUCGACCCAAAAACGCGGCCAAGAGAUUUAGUGUUUGUCGAUCUCGAUCGUGAUGUUGUACAACUUGGUAUUGAUGAAGAGACUGGAGAUCGAAGGAAAAUCCCAAACUUGCCCAACCGUGAUGCAGUGAAGUUAAGGGCUGCAUUGGAAGAGUGCGGAGGUUCGGCGUACAUGUUACCAAAUAGUGGGAUCAAGGGAUGCGUCAUGUCGGGGAUUACAGAGACUGUUCUGGUGACAAAUGAGGAGCGUCCACGGUAUGCACGGAUGGAAAAUGUACGAAUCGACGAAGACUCGCUAGGACGAAAGGCAGUGUUUGAGCGGACAGAUUCUGCCUACGACGGCGAGAAGGAUUCUACUGAUAUACAAACUACAGGGCACUGGAAGGAAGAUGAUGAUGUCAGCAUCUUGUCGGGAGAUCAUUCAGUUGUUAUGAGCAAAAUACGGACUGCUAGUUUGAUGAAAAUGAAGAAUCCCUUAUUUACAUCAACGAGAAAGAAAAAGGAAAAGAUUCUCACACAGAGCAAUCGCGCUGGUGGGCAAGGGCAUCUUCUAGAAUUGAUGGAAAUCGACGGGUUUAAUGCAAAUGGUAUACGAGCAGCAUUUCUUCGAUUCUUUGUAACGGUAUUUAUGAAUUACCAGGAAUUUUUGCUACCGGAGGGUCAGAACGAUCUAUUUGAUGAUGUCCAGUUCAUAAAGGGUGUCGAUUAUGAACAGUCAGCCCGAGAGUAUUUGGUAAGAGUUAUUCAGACUCAAAUGUUUCAGAUUUUUUUGGAAACAAGAAGUCAGGAUCCAAAUAAUCCAAGGAUUCGAUUCUUUGACGAAAGUAUUCUUGAAAAGCUGAACAGAUCCAAGAAGACAACUCUCGUGAAUGGCGGGAAAAAGCUGGCUACUCCCUUCCUGGACGACGAGAGCGAUAAAAUCACAAAGACUUUCACUCCACCCCCGCCAAAUAGGCUUGGGCUUCCCGACGAUGGCAAGGCCUACCAAUAUGGUUCUUUUCCAUCUCUGAAUGAAUCUCUCUUUAGUAGGGUUCGACCACCAACCAAUUUUCACAAUGGGCAACGUCUCGAUAGACGCCAAGCAAUGCGUUCUACCAAAUCUUUCAAGUUGAGCAAAGCUCAGAAGACACAACGUGAUCUCUUGAAAACUAUGGUAACAAAACCGGAUAUGACGGAGGGGCUUCCAAUGGGCGUGACCUCAGAUAUUAAGCAGCGGAUAUCAGAUGCCACAAAGAGGUCAGUGAAAGACUUGGAGACCGCACUUACGUCCAUAGCCCCAAGCCUUGGAUUCUACUCAAAAUCACACUCGCGGUUACGGGUCAAAGGAGGUAGCAAAGGGGACAGUAGGGGAAGUAGCUUAAAGAGCGGUAAACAAGAAUCAAAGAGUGCGAAGAGUGCUGAACAGCGAGACGAUUCGACCAGCGGGGAAAGCAUCAGCUCACAUGUUCCAGAUAGCAUUGUCAUCCCGUUAUCCCGCUCGGAAACAAUAAUUAUCAACGCAAGAAGAAAACAAGCAAUUCUGUUGGAUGUUAUCAUAAAAAUUCAGGCAAUAUGUCGAAUGUAUCUCAUAAAGAAACAAUGCAAAACCGGCAAACCGUGGAAAGAAGGACUGAUGUCAAGGUCAGCUAUUCAGAUACAGAGUCACUUUCGGCGUUAUGUUGCCCGUUGCCAGUUCGAGAAGGUCAGAAUAGCUACCAUUCUGAUUCAAUCAUUUUUGAGAGGAAGAAAAGCCUGUACAAUUUACUUCUUGGUCAUCGAACUUGUUGCCAAAGGCCAAGCUGGUAUUCGCGGAUUCCUUGUACGAAGGCGCAUGUCGCAAGUCUGUGCUGGCCGAAUGGCGGAAUACCGACGUAGGAUAUUUUCCCUGUGGAAGAUAGCCUAUGUCCCACUCUCAUUCCGAACAAAGUUCUGGCCCACAAUUUUGUCUGAUAAGAGCUUUGCUCAACUUCGACAUUGCGAGUCGGAAAUUCUUCGUCUCAUUAAUCUGGCUGGAUUGAUUGUGGAUAGGACUGCUUCAUUUGCUGACGCGAUUACUAGCACAGCGGAGACGCUUGGUUUGGAUAAUUCUAUCUAUGUCAUGAGCAAGCAUAUCACCGAAUUGUUGUCCGUACCGCCAGAAAAUGCCCCCACGGUAGACCUUUCCAUGGCUGAGGGUUUCGAAGGUGCAGAACGACUGCAACUGCACGAGCGCCUUGACUCCAGUGCCGUUGCAAGUUAUCUUGAAGCCUUUUAUACUGCGUUUGGGAUCGCAAUGAAGGAGAAGAAGAAAAAAGAGACCCUCGCCAACUUAAUAUGGACUUCUUAUGAUCAAGUUGAUAUAUCAGUGUCAUGGAUGAUGAAGGUUUUCCCCGAACUGGAAGGUGCACUAAAUAUUGCUUUCCACGACACGUCUUCAAAGAGUCGUCGGCGAUUCAGCAAGGCAACUAAAGUGGUAACAGCACCUGUAGAUCGAAAGCUUUGGGAUGAAAUAUCUCUGGAAGGCAAAACGCGAAAGCAUAUGAACGAGGUGGCAACCAUCUAUAUUACCAAAGUGCCAACACUGAUGGCCAAGCUUGACGAAUUAGAUAAGCGGGAGAAGCUGAAGUGGGAAGCUUACAGGAUGGCCAUGAUGAAAGCGUAUGGCUCGUCAAAUUGGGCGAGUUGUCGCCGUGAAAUGAUCCAGGAUUAUCUGUCUAUGAAACCAAGACUCAUAGAAAUCUGA